CCCUGCGGAACCCAGGCGAGUCCGGCGAUCCCACCCGCGCCCCCAGGCCCGCUCGCCAUGGCCCUCCUCGGGGCCCUCUUGCUAGCGCUGCUGGCAGGUGCCCACGCGGAGCUCCCGGGAUGCAAGAUCCGCGUCACUUCCAAGGCGCUGGAGCUGGUGAAGCAGGAAGGGCUGCGCUUUCUGGAGCAAGAACUGGAGACCAUCACUAUCCCAGACCUGCGGGGAAGAGAGGGCCACUUCUACUACAACAUCUCGGAGGUGAAAGUCACAGAGCUGCAACUGACAUCCUCUGAACUACAUUUCCAGCCUGAGCAGGAGCUGGUGCUGCAAAUCUCCAAUGCCUCCUUGGGAUUACGCUUCCGGAGACAGCUUCUCUACUGGUUUUUAUAUGAUGGGGGUUACAUCAACGCCUCGGCAGAAGGUGUGUUCAUCCACACAGGACUGCAGCUCUCCCAGGACCCCAGUGGCCGGAUGAAAGUGUCCAAUGUCUCCUGCCAGGCCUCCGUCUCCAAAAUGCAUGUGGCCUUCGGGGGAACCUUCAGGAAAGUGUAUGAAUUUCUCUCCACGUUCAUCACUUCUGGGAUGCGCUUCCUCCUCAACCAGCAGAUCUGCCCGGUGCUCUACCAUUCAGGAAUGGUUCUACUCAACUCCCUCUUGGACACGGUGCCUGUGCGCAGUUCUGUGGAUGAGCUCGUUGGCAUUGACUACUUCCUCCUGAAGGAUCCUGUGGUUUCCACCAGCAACCUAGACAUGGAAUUCCGGGGGUCAUUCUUCCCCCUCGCUGAAGGGAACUGGAGCAGCCCCAACCAGGCGGUGGAGCCCCAGCUUCAGGAGACAGACCGGAUGGUGUAUGUGGCCUUCUCUGAGUUCUUUUUCGACUCUGCCAUGGAAAGCUACUUCCGGGCGGGGGCCCUGAAGCUAACACUGGUGGGGAACAAGGUGCCACAUGACCUGGACAUGCUGCUGAGGGCCUCGUACUUUGGAAGCAUUGUACUCCUGAGCCCUGCAGUGAUUGACUCCCCGCUGAAGUUGGAGCUGCGCGCCGUGGUCCCCCCACGCUGUACCAUCAAGCCCUCGGGCACCACGGUCUCUGUCACUGCCAGUGUCACCAUCGCCUUGGUUCCACCCAACCUGCCUGAAGUCCCGCUGUCCACCAUGAUCAUGGAAGCUCGACUCAGCGCCAAGAUGGCACUCCGGAGCAAGGCGCUGCGCACGAAGCUGGACUUGCGAAAGUUCCAAAUCUACUCGAACCAGUCUGCGCUGGAGUCACUGGCUCUGAUCCCACUGCAGGCCCCUCUGAAGACCCUGCUGCAGAUCGGGGUGAUGCCCAUGAUCAAUGAGCGGAUCUGGCGUGGGGUGCAGAUUCCUCUACCAGAUGGCAUCGAUUUCGUACGGGAGGUGGUGACAAAUCACGCAGGCUUCCUCACCAUUGGGGCUGACCUCCACUUUGCCAAAGGACUGCGGGAAGUGAUCAACAAGAACCGGCCUGCUAACACCCAGGACCCUGGCGCCUCCAGCGCCCCUCCGCCCUCCGCAGCAGCUGCCUGAGCUCUUGAUCCCCACUCUGGCAGCUGGCAUUAGAGGAGCCACUCCUCCCAACCCCUCCAUCUCCCCACCUAGAGCCUAUAGUGCCCACUCCAACCCCUAGUGCCACAGAGAAGAUGAGGCUUGAAGCUGUACCCAAUUUAAUUCCAUAAUCAGUCAGUCUAGAGUCCGUCCACUCCCCCCCCCCGCUCUCUUGACAGCUCUUAUGGGGUCCUGGGAUGGGGGUCAAUGUAUCCAGAAGGGCAUUCUGUAAGCAGGGCAGGAGCCAGGCCUCCUGGGCGGCAGUGCCUGGGAAUAAAGUGCUAACUUGCCCCCA